AUGGCAUUGCAUGAUCUUCCGGCUGUUUUGUUGCCCGGUGGGGCUUUAAGGCUCUUGGUAGAGCUUGCGAUAUCUCGGGAUGAAGAUAUCCCUGCUUUGGUUUAUGAGGCUCGUCUAGUUAUUAAUAAUGAUUUAUUUUCAAGUGUUGAUGUUGUGCAAAGAAGGGAUCGCCAACUGCGGUUGCAUUGCCUAAUAAGGCAUAUUCUAGACUACUGUGGUUGGAUUGUCCCGGUAGCGAAAUAUGGAUAUGCAUUCACCAUGAAUGGUGUACCAGUAUCUGUUAAUAAACCAACAAUGGUGGUCAUAGUAGGGAGGAGCAUGGUGGCGAAAGAGAAAGCCGAAUGA